AUGCUCAUUCCCACCCUCUCCACGACCCUCCCCGUCGUCAAAUCCCUCCCCGAAUGCGCCUCCUUCAGCCAAACCGUGUCCCCCUACAUCCCACAACUCUACAAUCUCCCCCACCAACUCCUUGCCCAUUACAACGAUGUUCCGGCGCUCAAACACCUCUAUCUAACCACCAACCCGCUCAUCACGGCCUUUGCCUUUGCCAAUUUCAUCCUCGCUCCCACCGCCCUCAUAGCCGGAGAAGUCAAUAACAAUUACUCGCAAGUCGACCGCGUGUGGAGCAUCAUUCCCGUGCUAUUCAACUGCCACUAUGCACUCUGGGCGCAUUUGAACGGCCUGCCUACCACGAGGCUGGAUCAUGUCAUGGCGCUGACCAUUCUAUGGGGAGCGCGAUUGACGUUUAAUUACUGGCGCAAAGGGGGAUAUCAAAUCGGGUCCGAGGAUUACCGAUGGGUGGUGGUGAGAAAGUACGCAGGAAGGUGGAUGUUCCUAUUUAAUGUAAUCUUCAUAUCGUUCGCGCAGAGUCUCCUCCUCUUCCUCAUCACCACCCCAACCUACAUCCUCCUCCUCACCUCCCUCGUCCCCUCGUCCCCGCAAACCUCCAACCUCGACACUUACGACUCCAUCUUCUCCAAACUCAUCUUUUCCCUCAUCAUCCUCGAAACCCUCGCCGACCAAUCCCAAUGGUCCUUCCAUCGCGCCAAAUCCCACUACCAGCGCCACGCCCGCGUCGACCCAAAAUACAACUACACCCGCGACCAGCUCGACCUCGGCUUCAACACGGCCGGCCUCUUCGCCAUCUCCCGCCACCCGAAUUUCCUCGCCGAACAGGCCAUCUGGGUCUCGCUGUACCAGUGGGCGUGCUGUGCCAGCUACACGUGGGUGAAUUGGACGGUUGCGGGUGCGGCUGGAUAUUUGGCGCUGUUUCAGGGGAGUACGGCCUUCACGGAGAUGAUCACCAGGGGCAAGUAUCCGAUGUAUGCCGUUUAUCAGCGGAGGGUGGGCAAGUUUUUGCCAUGGGGGCGGACGAGGGGGAUGGGGGAGCCGCUGAACAAGGAGGAGAAGAGGGUGCUCGAGGAGGCGGAGAGGAAGAUUGAGGCGCAGCGCCAGAGGGAGAAGGAAAGUGAAGGUGGAAAGGUUGGGAAGGGAAAUGGGAAGGAAAGAAGGAAAUGA